GACCCGCCCUGCCCACGAUGACUAUCCACAUCCUCAUCCUGCUGUUGCUCCUCGCCUUCUCCGCCCAACGGGACCUGGACACUGCAGCCAGGCGAGGCCAGCACCAGGUCCCCCAGCACCGCGGGCACGUCUGCUACCUGGGCGUAUGCCGGACCCACCGCCUGACGGAGAUCAUAUACUGGAUUCGCUGUCUCCACGAAGGAGCCCUCGGGGAAGGCCAGCCGCGAGCCCCAGGACCCCUACAGUUAUGGGCGCCGCCGGCGGCGCGAGGCGGAAGCCCGGCUCGGUUCCCAGGAUUCCGGCCUGCAGCGAGGGGGCUAGCGCAGUGCCCAGCUCGCUGGGUGACCUCGGGCACGGCUCGUCCCCUCCUCGGCUUCAGUUUGCCUAUCUGUAUAUUGGAGCUUCUACUCCACAUUUCUUCUCCCCUAACUCCAGCCCCUGAAACCGUCUUCCCCAGUCCCUCCCCGGGCUGCGACUUGGUUGGACCUAGAAGCACACGGGACCAGGCUGGACGAAGAACACUGACGCCCAGAGCCGAAUAAACAAGAGUUCCGUGUUUCAGUCUCUGCUUCUCUGUACCUAUUUCGACCUCUCAGUCGGGGCUGGGUCUCUAAUAUACCCUUCUCUAUUAGCCAUGCUGCUUCUCCCUCACGGAAGUCCCACUGUCUACCUUGAAUCCAACCCGCUGUGGCGCCUUUCUUGCCAACUCAAUCCAUGCACCUUCCGUGGGUGGUUUUGGCGGGCCGUCCUGGCCCCCAAACAUCCCUCCUCCCUCCCUGGCGUGAAAGGGCUGAGAUUUGCUCCGGCACCCUACGCGCCUGACGUUAUAAU